GUACCCAUGGGAGCAGGCCAGUCACGUGCCCCUUCUUCGCAGCAGAACGGGUCAAGCUAUGGAGAAUCUGGAGCUAAUCAAUCCGCUAACAUAUCCGAAGGUGAAAGAUUGAAGCAUGCUCGUAGAGCUAUGGCUGCCGCAGCAGGCGGAGAGUGCCCAAACACUAAAAUCAAAAGGGAACCGGAACCUGAAGCGUGUAGUGGAUGUCCAGUGGAAGGCUCUAUCAAUCCAAUGAACAAUGAGUUAGAACAUCCCAAUCAAAAGCCAGCACCAGAUCAGCCAUUUCCUCUACCCAAAGAGAGGGAAAAAUCAACUAUUCCCAGGGCAGGAACCAAUGAAACUUGGACGUACCCCAGCCCUCAGAUGUUCUGGAACGCUAUGUUGAAAAAAGGCUGGCGUUGGCAGGAGGAUCAGCUCUCAGAAAAAGACAUGGAAAACAUCAUUCGCAUCCAUAAUGCAAAUAACGAGGAAGCAUGGCAUGAGGUGCUGAAGUGGGAGAAUCUGCUGCAUCCAGAGUGCGCGGAACCGAAACUGAAGAGCUUCAAAGGAGAUGCCAAGAAGAUCUCUCCUCGAGCUCGGUUCCGCAACAUAUUCUUGGGAUAUGAACUUCCAUUUGACCGGCACGAUUGGGUUGUCGAUAGAUGUGGGAUUAAGGAGGUUCAAUAUGUCAUCGACUAUUAUGAUGGCGGUUCUGUCGAUCCUCGCUCAAAAUUAUUCACUAUUCUCGACGUUCGGCCUGCACUCAACGACCUAGGAAAUGCCUGGGAUCGAAUGGUGGUCGCUUAUUGGCGGUUCAAAUUCGAUUUUCUCGGAAUGACUCCGAAGUUGCCUAUUCCACCUACGGAAGGAGAUGCUCAUGUUCAGCACUAG